GGCAGUCACGUGUCCACAAGCUCAAACUCGCUCAGAAGAAGUCUUUAAACUGCCGCCGAAGAGCCCAGGAAUAUCAUUUUCACGCGUUUAUUGUUUUAUUCAGUGAAAAUAAGUCAUGGCGUCAACAAAAGAGAUUUUAGAGAUGGACCUUUACGCUUUAUUGGGGAUUGAAUCGAGCGCGACGGAGAAGCAGAUCAAGAAAGCGUACCGACAGAGAGCCCUGUCCUGCCAUCCUGAUAAAAACCCCGAUAACCCCAAAGCUGCGGAGCUCUUCCACCAGCUGUCUCAGGCUCUGGAGGUUUUGACCGACGCCGCCGCCAAGGCUGCUUAUGACAAGGUCCGCGCUGCAAAAAAACAAGCUGAGGAGAGAAACAGAAAGCUAGACGACAAGAGGAAGAAGAUUAAACUCGAUCUGGAGGCUCGGGAGCGACAGGCGGACAGCGUGAAGGCGGAAGAGGUUAAAAUCACCCGCACGCUAGAAGAGGAGAUCGACCGUCUGAGGGAGGAGGGAUCGAGAGAACUACAGGAGCAACAGAGACUCGUACGAGAGCAGAUCCAGAGAGAGAGACGCACAGACUCUUCAGCUGAACCUCGGGGGAACGGCGACGUGACUCCUAAAUUAAAGCUGAAGUGGAAGUGUAAAAAAGACGACUCGAGCAACGCGGGCUACUCGGCCGAAUGUCUUCAGAGCCUCUUCCAGAAGUACGGAGACGUCUUGAAUAUCCUGAUAUCCAGGAAGAAGAAAGGCAGCGCCGUGGUCGAGUUCUCUUCAGCUAAAGCAGCUGACCUGGCGUUUAAAAACGAGACGGGUCUGAGCGGAAACCCUCUGAAAAUCACGUGGCUUGAAGGACAACCCGCUCCGACGCCACACAUCGAGUCCUUCCCCGGACAGCAGGGCGGUCUGCGCAGCGAGCGUGAUUACGAGAGCGUGGUGCUGAUGAGACUCAGACAGGCCGAGGAGAGGAAGAGGCUGAUCGAGGAGAUGAAGAGGCAGGAGGAAGAGGACGAGAUGGCGUGACUCUCAGCGCUUUACAGGAUUUUAAACUCUCACUCAUCAAUAAAGCCUUCUGGUGAACA